AGCGUCGACGGUGGUGGUCUUAUCAAGAAACUCCAUGCGGAACAAAACAACGCAUGGCACAAAAGUCAGUGGAAGGGUAGCAGAGCAAGUAGCAAGCAGCAAGCAGUCAGGUGGUGCGGGGUCAUGGCAGUUAAACAGAUGAUGCAUGUUCUUACGUGCACUGGUAUAGCAGACAGCCCAAUCGCCCCUACCAUCUUUGUCCAAUCCCGAUUCCCGCAAAUAUCAGGUACCAGCCUAAAAAGUCCUCUCUUUGUAAAUCCGGUUCUGGGGAAGUGCGGAGGAUUUACUGGAACUGAGGAGCGAUUUCGACUGAAGGGCAAGAACUUCCAAUUCUUCUCCCUGUCGUCAUCUUCUUCCUCCCCGUCCCCUAUCACAUCGAUGGCUGUAUUAACAGAUCCCAAGCAGGUCCUUGUUCCGAUCGCCAAUGAUACGGAAGAAAUGGAAGCCGUUAUCGUUGCAGAUGUCUUGCGUAGAGCAGGAGCCGAUGUUACAAUCGCAUCAGUCGAGAGCGAGUUGCAAAUUUUGGCAUCUAGGAAGGUGAAUUUGGUUGCAGACACGCACAUAGCUUCCUGCGAGAGCCACCAGUACGAUCUGAUUGUUUUACCGGGAGGCAUGCCAGGUGCAGAACGAUUGCGGGACACCCCAGCAUUGCAGAAGUUAGUUCAAGCUCAAGCCGAGCAAAAGCGACUCUUUGCGGCCGUGUGUGCCGCCCCAGCUGUCGCUUUGCAAACCUGGGGUCUCCUCGACGGACUGAAGGCAACGUGUCAUCCCUCCUUCUCAGAGAAGUUGGCGAAUCAGGAAGCUACCGGGUCGACGGUCGUACAAGAUGGUCAGGCGACUACAAGCCGUGGCCCUGGCACGUGUUUUGAGUUUGCCCUCUCACUCGUGGAACAGCUAUACGGCAAGGAAAAGAUGGACGAGAUUUCCAAGCCUCUGAUGAUUCGUCCGGAAAAGGUGAAACCGUCAGCAGAGGAGUACAAUUCUUUAGAGUGGAAGGGGAGAGAUGCCUCGAAAGCAUUUCGUGUUCUUGUGCCUGUUGCGGAUGGGGUGGAGGAGAUGGAAGCUGUCAUUAUUAUUGAUGUGCUCAGAAGAGCAGGAUUUGAUGUGGUAGUAGCAUCCGUGGAGAAGAAGCUAGAAAUCGUAGCGUCUCGAAAGGUGAAAAUUGUGGCUGAUGCGCUUCUCGAAGAUGUGGAAACAUUAGAAUUCAACGCUAUCAUAUUACCAGGCGGGAUGCCUGGAGCGGAACGUCUUUGUAACUGUGAUACACUGACAAGAGUUCUUCGGAAGCAAGUAGACUCUAAAGGGAUUUUUGGAGCCAUUUGCGCGUCACCCGCUGUGGUGCUGGAGCCGAAAGGGUUUUUGAAGGGAAAGAAAGCCACAUCGUUUCCAAGCUUCUCCAAAGCUUUACCAGAUCAAAGUGCCGUGGACGCCAGGGUUGUCAUUGAUGGAUUAUUAGUUACAAGUCGCGGUCCUGGAACAGCUAUGGAGUUUGCUCUAGCAAUUGUGGAGAAAGUAUUAGGAUUUGAGAAAGCAUCUAGUUUAGCAGACGCGAUGGUUCUACCGUACACAAAAAUUUCAGUCAAACAGAUGUGCCAUUAGAUCAGCUGUUCUCGUGGCCUCUGGCUAUUUGUAUAUACAUGGCCCAGGAUACGUGAGUAUAUUUGAUGGAAGUUUAUAUUCUUCGAAAUGAACGGUUUUUUUCAUUGCGUC